UUAUAUUCUCCCUCACUUGUCACACCUGGCAGUCACCUUCCAUUGGAAAAGCUGAAGCUACUGCCUUCCAGGACUUUAAACAGAACUAAAUCGAGAGGAUGAAGACCCUGCUGUUUGCCCUUCUUGGACUCGUUGCCUCCUUUUACUUGGCGGACUCCCUGACCUGCAACAAAUGCAGUUUCGGCCUGGUAGGAUUCUGCCUCUCCUCCUCCGAAGAGACAUGCGUUGGAAAUGACACAAGUUGCUUCACUGGAAAAGCCACUUUCCCCUCCGUCUCCAGCUUUUCCGGCUUCAACACCCAGGGAUGCUUGGCCACCUCCUUCUGCACUGAUGCGUUGAAUGGCACUAUUCUGGGUGUUACAUACGAGGUGGCUUUCACCUGCUGCAGUACCGACAAAUGCAAUCCCACCGUCGUCAGUGGGGCCCCCUCAGCCUACAUCUCCACCACAGUGGCCCUCACCGCUGCCCUUGUUGCUUCUGUCUGUGGCAGUGGAAUUUUCUGAGGAGAAAAUGUUCUGCCAGUCAACUCUAAACUACAAAAACAUCGUUGUCUGUACAAACCGGUUUGGCUUGUCUUUUGUUUCUAUUGUCUUUUCUGACACCCAUUUGACUUGGGACCAGUCUGAAUUGACAGUAAUUUCCCGCCUUUCUCGUAAGGAAAUACCCCUAAAAAUCUCAGACACAGACAGGUGUCAGAUAAUGUAAAUCCUAAAUAUAUUAUGUGACCAAGAACAGGUUUACAACAAGAGGCUUUGUGUGCUAAACAGAUUUUUGAAAUCAUCUAUAUUUCACUGGGUUACCCUAUUUUUACACUAGCCAUGCUUUCUAUCUUUUGCGUAAGAUUCUGCUCAAGGGGUUUACAUACACAUCACACUAAUGAUUCAUCUGCAUGAAAACAUAUCAUGAAUACAUGUGAAACAAAGAAAGACAAGAGUGUCAGUCAUUUGAAGUCAGGUUAUGAAACAAUGUAAGAUGCCUCACUGCAACUCACUUACAUGUUGAUCACUGAAAUAGCAAAGUUGGACACUUCUGAUAUGAUUGUAAUUUGGAAAAGGAAAAAAAUGUUUGAGAUGUUUGAAUGUACUUCUAUAUGACCUUAUCUAUCAAUAUGUGUUAUUUUAAUUCUGUUUAAUUACAUUCUCAAUAAAGUAUUUUGUUAAGCAAA